GAAUUGGUCCAAUAAGAACGACCUUCAUAAGUCUACACUUAAAUUCUCAUAGUAGCCGAAUAUUGAAUGUAUUCCGAUUAGAAUCAAAAACAAACUCUACAAUUUCAAAGUAUUAUUCAACAACAUCAUGUCUGCCAACAAUAUCCUUAAAAAAAAGUCAGUGAUUUAUGAUAAGGAUGCUGGAGGUGUUUAUAAGAAAAAGUUGAGAAAGAUCUUUACUAGUACUGACCCUGAAAUGAAUCCUCAUAAUGCUAAUACUCAUCAUUUUGAUUCGUCUAAUAAUAUUGGUGCUUCUGAUUCAUUUUCAGCUCUCUUGAUGGAUGCAACAACUACAAACACUGCUAAUAAUGCAACAUCAUCUACAAACCACCAUCAAAAUACAAACUCUAAUGGACAUGCAUCAUCGAAUGGACAUUCAGAAUCUGCUGGUUCUCAUCAUGAUAUUACAGUGAAACCAUUCUAUAAUAUUGGUGAUAUUGUCAUGUUCAGAGAAAGAUCUCAAACAGUUGAUCAAAUUGGUUUUGUAUAUCACAAGAAGGCUUCUUCAUUACAUGAGAAGGAACGUAUUCCUAAAUGUGUUGUCUACAUGCUCAGUGAUGAAAAGUAUUGGGUAUUGGAAUGGUUACUCAUGAAGGAAAAUAACAUUGAAGCUGGUGAAAGAACAUUUGAAUCGAGUGAGAAAUCAUCUCCUCCUCCACUAAAUGCACCUUCUACUACAUCUAAUCUUGGUGCCACUGGUAAUAAUAGCCAUAAUAGUCAUAAUGGUCAUAAUAACAUUGUUAAUAAUAACAUGACUUCAUCAAAGAGUAAUAACAAUUUAAAUCUCUUAAAUAACCUAAUGGGUAGUUCUAACAAUAAUAAUAAUAUGGAAAUUCCUACGAAUGGCACCAAUCCAGCACAAAACGGUUCGCUUAAUAACUCUUUAAUGACUUCUAGAUUUGGCCAUCACCACACACAAAACGGAAAUGUUCCUAACGGAUUUUUAAAUAACACAAAUGGACAUUAUCAUGGCAUUACCAAAUCUACGAAAACCUCCUCAAGUAGCAUUCAAUUGUCUCAACACCUUACCUCAUUACUUUCUUCCCUUGAUUCCAAAUUCUCAAAUCCUUCUGCUGCAUCCUUAACAUUUGAUAAUGAAGCCACCAUGAUGGAUGAUGAAGACAAUUCGGAAAAGAAUCCCUUCUCCUCCUCAUCCAAUCAAAUACCUCAAACUUUGCAAUCUGAACCAUCAAACAAAUUAUCUUCCAGAACACAAAACGCAUUCCAUACUUCCUCCGCUUCUGCUACCAAUAACAACACCUCACCACCUCACCAUCAAAAUAAUUCAGUUGCUGCAGUAAUGUCAGCAGAAGUGAAAGAAUUACUCCUAAGCCACCCUUUUUUGAGUCAAAAAAACGUCUCUACAUCAAAUCAAAGCCAACAGCUCUCCUCAGCAACCACCACAACUACUUCCUCUAACCGUAACGCCAAUAAUUCAAGUUCGGCCACCUCUUCUCAACCAAAUUUAACUCGUGCAUCGUCUUCGUCAAAUAUUAAUAGUAAUAGUGUUAAUAACAAUAAUAAUAACAACAAUAACAAUACAACAACAACGAUGGAAAAAUUGGCUCAACAAUCACAAUUUAAUUUGUUUGGUAAUGGUUCUGCAAAUAUUGGUGGUGGUAAUGAUGGAGGUUCCAUGAUGGGCUCGGGUGCUAAUGGUCUUCAUCAUUCGAUGAAUUCCAUGAGGAGAAUACCUAGCAAUGGUAACAUUGGUCUCGGCAAUAAUAUGGGAAAUAUGAAUCAAUUGUUUGCUAGUGAUGUUAACGAUGCAAAUUCACAACUUAAAAAGCAAAUUGUCUUGAAUCAUAUUCAACAACGACAACAAUUAGUGAAUCAACAAUUGAUGGAAUUGUUGAACCAACAAAAUAGAAGACCAAUGAGUAGCUUUCCUAUUCCUUCCUCCAAGUAUGAUCUCAACCUUCUCAAUAUUGCCAACAAUUAUCAAUACAAUAUCACACCAUCAUAUGGUCCAUACUCCCAACCAGCCAUUGUUUCCUUCAAUCAUAAUUUUGAACUGAGGCCAACAGAUAUGCUCCAAUUCCUCAUCAUUCAAGUUAAGGAUGGACAAAAUUUGAAAGCAUUCUGUGUUAAUCCAGUUAUUUCCUAUGACAAUGAUACUCUUGUUGCCCUCAAUGAUCUCAGCAAUAGAGUAACUCUUGUUGGUGCCAAUGGAAAUAUUCCAAAUCUUGAUGAAGAAUUAUCCAAGUUUGUUCACUCCAGUCCUCUAUUGGUUACUCUUCCACCACAAGAAGAACCAAGUAAUGUUCUCAUAGUUUUGAUGAAGAACUUUAUUCCGAUUACCUCUCCUCUUCUCUUUGAAUAUACACCAUAGACUGUCAAGCAGCAUGUCUCUUGAGAAUAUUAAAAGACAUGGUUAGUACGACCACUGCAAUUUUCACCAUAACAAUGCUAUCAACAGCUUCGUUCACUAGGAUCACACAUCUUUUUAGGGAAUUAUUUCAAUAUCUAAAAAGAAUUGUAAAUAAAUUUUCGUUCAUCG